GAAACUAGGCAAAAAAUAAAAUAACCCAUUUGUUAUUAAAUUUUGAUCAAUCAUAACAACAAUCAUAAUAUCGGUUUUGAAGUUGCAAAUGCGAGAGAUGGCUGGAGGGAGCGCAGGGCAGCUGGUGUCCCAGGCAGUGGAGAAAGAGACAUGAGAUGAGCAUAAGGAGUGCACAAGGCUUGAGGAUGUGUAGGUAGUGCUCCCAGAGACCUGUGGGGUACCAUGUCAGAAGAGGCAAUUUCAGGGAGCGAUAUGGAAACUGAUUUUACUGCUGAGAAAGAGGAGGAUCAGGAGGAAGAAGAGGAGAUGGAGGAGGAAGAGGAGGACAAUGACGGGGAUGACGAAGAAGAAGCCGCUGAGCAGUCCCAGAGCACCUCUCUUAGUGAAGAGAAGGAGGCUGGGGGAGGAGACACCCCAGAGGGGCAGCACACACAUUCAUCUACCUCACCGUCAGGGGCCCCCCCCUCCAGACCGCCCUCCAGACCGCCCUCCAGACCCAGCAGUCACAGCCCGGUAUCCCUCACCAGCAGCAAGAAGAGAGUCUCAAAGCCAGCCCACCUGAGGAGGAACAUCCGAAAGCUGUUGAAAGAGCACCAGCUAGAGGCAGUGACUCAGGCUGCCCAGCAUGAGGAGCUGGAGAGGCGGAAGCGUCUGGAACAGCAGAGGAAGGACUUCCCAGCCCCUCCCCUGCCAGAAUAUGCCCCGGGUGAGAUGCACAAAACCCCUCCCCUACCGGAGUACGCCCCGGGUGAGUUUGUAUUGCGGGCAGGGCAGGUGUCUGAGACCCAUGCAGUGAGAGGGGAGGUGAUCUGCCUGGACAGCAGUGACAGCAGUAGUGAUGAGGAGGCCCAGUCGCCAGCGCAGCACACCCGUGAUGAUGUGAUAGAGCUCAGCUCCGAUGAGGAUGAUGCCCUGCACCUCAGCAGUGAGUCAGCCAAUGAGGAGGAGGACACCCCCAGCAAUGUGGAGAGCAGUGGUGCCCACAUCAAUGAUGCCCUCAACCAGCCUGAUGCGCAGGGCCGCGUCCUUGUCAACAUCAAUCACCCUGACAACGAGGGAGACCUCUUCCUUGCACCUCAGCUCGCCCGUGCUGUCAAGCCCCACCAGAUUGGUGGGAUCCGGUUCUUGUAUGAUAACCUGGUGGAGUCUGUGGAGCGGUACAGGAGCAGCAGCGGGUUUGGGUGCAUCCUGGCGCACAGCAUGGGCCUGGGGAAGACCCUGCAAGUCAUCUCCUUCAUCGACAUCCUGCUGCGCCACACCGCCGCACGCACCGUGCUGGCCAUUGUCCCCGUGAACACUCUGCAGAACUGGCUGGCUGAGUUUAACAUGUGGCUGCCGCCCCCAGAGGCCCUGCAGCAGGAGAAUGAUCCCCACAGCGUCACGCCCCGAGCCUUCAAAGUGCACAUCCUCAACGACGAGCACAAGACCACUGAGGCCCGAGCCAAGGUGGUGGGGGAGUGGUCAGCAGAGGGCGGUGUGCUGCUUAUGGGAUAUGAGAUGUACCGGCUGCUGUCCCUGAAGAAGAGCUUCGUCACCGGCAGGAAGAAGAAGUCCAAGAAACCCGUGGGUCCAGUCAUCAUUGAUCUGGAUGAGGAGGAGAGACAGCAGGAGCUGCUGAAAGACAUUGAGAAGGCCCUCGCUCGGCCGGGCCCGGACGUGGUGAUCUGCGAUGAGGGCCACCGCAUCAAGAACUUCCACUCCAGCACGUCGCAGGCGCUGAAGAGCAUGCAGUCCCGGCGGCGGGUGGUCCUGACGGGCUACCCGCUGCAGAACAACCUGAUGGAGUACUGGUGCAUGGUGGACUUUGUGCGGCCCGACUUCCUGGGCUCGCGGCAGGAGUUCAGCAACAUGUUCGAGCGGCCCAUCCUGAACGGGCAGUGCACGGACAGCACGCCGCAGGACGUGCGGCUCAUGAGGUAUCGCAGCCACGUGCUGCACAGCCUGCUGGAGGGCUUCGUGCAGAGGCGUGGUCAUAGCGUGCUGAGAACGCACCUGCCUUCCAAGGAUGAGAAUGUGAUCCUGGUACGCCUGUCGCCCCUCCAGAGGGCGCUCUACACCCAGUUCAUGACCCGUUUCCGGGAGACAGGCAGCAACGGCUGGCUGGGGCUUAACCCUCUCAAGGCUUUCUGUGUUUGCUGCAAGAUCUGGAACCACCCUGAUGUGCUGUAUGCGGCACUGCAGAAGGAGAGUCUGGCCAAUGAGCAGGACCUGGACCUGGAUGACCUCACUGCUGCGGGGAGCAGCCGCUGCCCCGCCCCCGGCCUGAAGGGGAAAACUACAGACUCCGCCCCCAGUAAACUGGGCAUGGCAGGGCUUGGCCUUGGCCUGCUCCAGGAGAAGGCCAACCAAGUGAUCACUUACGAAUGGGCAAGGGAUAUCAUGACUGAUUACCAGACAGGUGUUCUGGAGAAUUCUGCCAAGAUGGUGCUGCUCUUCUACCUAAUUGAGGAGAGUGUGAGCAGAGGAGACAGGAUCCUUGUGUUCAGUCAGAGCUUGUCCACGCUGUCUGUCAUCGAGGAGUUUCUGAGUAAGAGGCCCAUGCCGUCCUGCGGAGUCACCAGUGAGAGCCAGAGCCACAACUGGGUGCGCAAUGUCAACUACUACAGGUUAGACGGAAGCACGUCAGCCUCAGAGAGAGAGAGACUCAUCAACCAGUUCAAUGACCCCGAGAACACCACCACCUGGCUCUUCCUGCUCUCCACCAGGGCAGGAUGUCUUGGCGUGAACCUGAUUGGGGCAAAUCGUGUGGUGGUGUUCGAUGCCUCCUGGAACCCGUGCCAUGAUGCCCAGGCUGUCUGCCGCGUGUACCGCUACGGUCAGAAGAAGGCCUGCCACAUCUACCGCCUGGUGUGUGACUAUACCCUGGAAAAGAAGAUCUACGACCGACAGGUCUCCAAACAGGGCGUGUCAGACCGUGUGGUGGAUGACCUGAACCCCGGGCUCACCUUCACACGGCGUGAAAUAGAGUCGCUGCUGAAUUUUGUGGAUGAGGAACCCGAGCCCACUCACUUGGUGCUGGACCCCGAGGACCAGGUGGAGGAAGUCAUUCGCCAGGCAUGGAAGAUGUACCCUCACCUCAUCACCAAGCAACCCUUCCACCAUGAGUCGCUCCUUGUGGAUAGGAAGGAGAUGAAGCUGACCAAAGCUGAAAAGAAGGCUGCUAAGAAGAGCUAUGAGGAUGAGAAGCGUGCCUCCAUACCCUACAAUCGCCCAUCCUACACCCACUACUACCCACCCAGUGAUCAUGGCCUUGCCAGCAUCCCCACCUUCAGUCAGCGCAGCUGGCGCCCUCCUCUGCGGCCAGACGAGAAGCCGGUUGCCAGCGUCCGCCCUGUCCAGUCUACACCCAUUCCCAUGAUGCCUCGACAGGUGCCCCUGGGCCACGCCCACUCGAUUGCUGCCACUUCCAGUGCAGGUAGCAGCUACCUGCAGAAGGCAGGGGUGUAUGUGCAGCGCAUUGUCACAACCACUGACAUUGUGAUUCCAGGCUCCAACAGUAGCACAGAUGUUCAGACCCGAAUCAGUGCUGGAGAGACCGUCCACUUCAUCAAAGGAUCCAAGGGAACUUACAUCAGAACAAGUAACGGGAGGAUUUUUGCCGUCCGAACAUCAGGAAAAAACAGGGGAGGAGAGGAGAUCUUGACCGCUUCCAGAGGUAAUUCACAGCAGUCCUCUGGGAACUCCAGCAGUAAUGGCUGUGUGUCUCCAGACCGGAAGCACCCGGCUCCAGAUGGCCCAGCGCGCUCCGCCUCCCCAGACAGUCCAAGGCUCCUGCGGGAGCUAUGCAGGUACGCUGUGGCCAUGGAGACGCCCCAGGAAUCUGAAUGGAGCAGGUCUAAGGAACCACACACCUCCAGGGGUCAGAACAGCGGCGAGAGCAGCUCGCAGGCCAGCACAGCUGACCCGCCCGGUUUGGGCGCGGCCGAAGCCUUGGACCUCCGAGGUCCCAAGCGCAAGCCUCCUGUCCCGUCCUCUGCCGAGCAGAUCCGUAAGCUGCCAGCUGCCAAACGCGCACCUGUGCCCUCAGCAUUCCCUCGCUUCCCACUGGGGAGCGGCUUCAGCCUGCCCCUUAGCCCCGCCCUGCUGGGCUCCAUGACCCACCCCAUGUUCAUGGGCGCUGCCUCGCCCUUCUUCCAGCCUCAUGGCCAGUUGGGAGACUCUAGGAUGAUGUUCCCCAUGACCUCUGACGCUUUUGUGCCCAUUUCCUCUGCCUCUUCUUCCUCCUCCUCUUCCUCGUCUACUGUGGGGAGUGCCAACUCCACCCUCACCUCUUUGCCUCCCUUCCUGCUCAACCCCAGCAUGGCUGGGAUGCUUCCCUCCGGAUUCCCGCUGCCCUACAGCCAGUCACUGAUGUACCCCAAUGCUCUGCUCUCGGGGGCCCUACCCCCUGGCCUGGGCUCAGCCGGAUCAAGCUUCCUCUCCCACUUACCCUCCUCUGGACUUCACGGUGUGCCAACUCGGCCAGACUCGCAUGUCACCUCAGAUAAUGGUGGCAGCAGCUCAGAUGAUGAUGUAGUAGAGGUGACAGGACAAUGAUGGGUGUAAAUGCAUUUGGCAGCAGGAGGACUGAGCUGGGUAUAGAGGGGUGAAGCUCUACAUACCAUGAGUCUGUUUGGUCUGAAGAAGCCAGGCUUGCACACACACAAGGCCCUCCCUGAUCCCUGCCCUUUCUCACACCCUGUCCGAUGAGCAAGAGAGACGCAGUAGAGACCUGUGACGAAGCCUGUACCUGACGCUGAACAUCUUGUUUCAAAGAAAAGUCUCCUGUUAAGAAGCUGGACAUGAGAAGAGUGAGACAGGGCAACAUUAUCAGUGGCUUCACUGGACAUGGGGCUACUUCACACUGUCUGAAAGUAGCCCAACACACAAUUACUGGCAGCUGGGCUUGGCCCUGUGCUGUUUUCUCCCUGCCUCUGGGGGCACUCUGGAUUAUUUGACCUGUUGACAUUAAGUUUUAGACCUGACUUAAUUAGCUGGUUGUAUGAAAAUAGUACCAUUACAUUGGAAUGGAAGCGCAAUAUUUGCAGACAGAAUGUUUUGUAAAAUUAUUGUAACUAUUGUUACAAUUUUUAUAGAGGAGAUCAUAAACACAAAUUCAUUGUCAGAGGAGAACAAUCUUGGAGGAAAUGUUUGCUCCACACUUGGAAAUGCACAAGUGGGAAAUGUGGCUUUUUGGGAACAGUGACGAGAAGCU